CUUGUCCUCGAAAUGCAAAAAGACGCACAACUACACAGAGUCCACGGUAGCCGUGUGUGAGUUGUGGUUAGCUUCUGUAUUCAUCCACACACUCAGAUCUCUCUAUUUAUUAUAUUGAUCAAUCCAUCAUUUCCAAUUAGGUAAAGUGAAACAGUAAAAGAGCAAUGGAGGAGGAGGAGGAGGCGGAGAAACAGAAGAAGCACUUAGCAAUGCUGGAACGCCUUUCCAAACGCACCCAAAGCCGUUCGCAAAACCCCGAUUCCUCAUCAUCAGAAUCCUCCACUUCCUCCAUCCUUUCACGCUUCACCCACUUAAAAUCCUCGAUUGAGUCCCAACUCGCCCAAUCCCAAUCCAUUUCCUCCGACCCCUCCAACCUCAAACUCCACUUCAAUCAAAUCUCCGAAUCAAUCUCCGAUUUAGAAAAAUUCGUCGCCGAAAACUCCUACUCCCUACCCUCCUACGAUGUCCGAACCUCCCUCAAAACCGUCUCCGACUUAAAACACUCCCUCGACGACCUCACUUCCCAACUUCUCCCCAAAAAGAAAUUCUCAUUCAAAAAUAAACCCACCACCAAGAAAGAAUACAAGGAUUCCGCUAUUCCACUACCCACACAACCCCCUCAACUCUCCACGCGCCUUGCGCCGCGUGACUCGCCGGGGUUCCGAAACAAAACCGCUGAGCUUUUAAUUUCGGACUUUCGAGGAUCCGAGGUUGGGGAAUUCACCGUUUCGGAUCUCGAUUCCUGCCAAGUCAGGAUAAUAGGUUCCGUCAGGGCGCUUUUCGUUCAUAGGUUGAAGAAUUCUAGGGUUUACGUGGGCCCCGUGACGGGGUCGGUUCUCAUUGAGGAAGCGGAGGGUUGCGUCUUCGUGUUGGCGUCGCAUCAGAUUCGGAUUCACGGUGCCAAAAGAAGCGAUUUCUACCUUAGGGUUAGGAGCAGGCCGAUAAUUGAGGACUGUAAUGGCGUCAGGUUUGCGCCGUAUUGUUUGAACUAUGAAGGGAUUGAGGAGGAUCUUCGUGGCGCCGGUCUUGACGCCGAGACCGGAAAUUGGAGCAAUGUGGAUGAUUUCCGGUGGCUGCGCGCGGUGCAGUCUCCCAAUUGGUCGGUAUUGCCGGAGAAUGAGAGGGUUGGGACUGUUGAGAUAUCCAAUUUGAAAAAUGAGGAUAAGGAGAUUUGAUUUGCGUCUCAACGUUGUUUCCUUCUUUGUUUCUUUUAUGUGAGGCUGGGAUGUUAUUGAGUCUAGGUAUGUUCUGUUUCAGGAAAUUGAUGUUGAGAACUUGAGGUUAAUGCGAUUUUGGUAAUUGAAAUGGUUUUGGAUAUGUUCAUUUUCAGUGUAGUAAUGAGUUUUCUGUGUGUUGCUUCCAUGAGAACUUCAGCAAUAUGUUCUCUUUUCUUCGUAUUAGUCUGCAUUUAUCCUGGUUCGGGAAUUGCUUGGUUAUUAAUUAUUUGUUUGUUUUUCAAAUACGUUGGCCACCAACGGUUGGAAUGUUUCAUCUGGGGAGCUACUACCUAUA